AUGACUACUCCCGAGACGCUGAAACCUCUGGUUGAUAGAGUGCUUUCAAAUCCACUACAAUUUAGACCUGCUUCGAAUAAAAAAUUAGGUUCCAAUUCAAAUGACGAUACUUCUAAUUAUAUUGUAAUCGGUGGUACUAAAAAAUUGAAAACUGAUGAUAAGCUUAAUCAACCAAUUGAUUUGGGUUCCAAAGCUGGCGUAAGCUCGCAAAUUAGCAAAGUUAAAAAAAAUCUACCUAAAUCAAUGGCUGAAGCUAUAUCUAUGUAUACUUCCAUAGAAAAUUCAAAUUCAGAUAAAGAUCAAGAUUUAAGUGAUAAUGAUUUUAAUAUUGAAGAAAGUAGUGAUAGCAGCAAUGAUGUAUUUCAUGAGGCAAAAGAAUAUAUUGAGUCCGAAAAAUCUUCAGAUGAAAAGCAAUUAGAAACUGUUGAUGAGGAUUUGGGUAUGCCCUUGGAUGAAGAAGCCUCUUCUGAGACUUCUACUUCCCCUUCUUCUUCUUCAGCUGAUGAAGAUUUUAAAAUUGAAGAAAAUGAAACUGUUGACGCAGAAGAAGACGAUGAGGAAGAUGACGAUGAUUACAACGAGGAUGAACAAGAAGAUGACAUCGUAGUAUCUGAUUCUGAAAGGGCACAGUUGCAAGAGGAAGCUAAAGAAUUCGCAGAACAGGAAGGUGGUGACGAACAAGAUGACAUCGAAGAAGAUAAUGAUGAUGACGAUGACGAAGAAUUAAAACAUAAGGAACCAUCACGUUCUUCAUCCGAACAGAAGCUUACUCUUCAAGUAAAAGAACAAAAAAUUACUCUACAACCACCAGUUGAUGUUGCAGAACUAUCGCAAUUUUAUAUUUUCAAUGAAAAUGUUAAUGAUGCUGGUUCCAUAAUAUCCUCACCUAUAGUGAAGAACUGGGGGCCUGUGUUGACAAAUCUGAAACCUUGUGGUCUUCUUAAUCAUGGUGUGACUUGUUACACCAAUGCUGCAGUUCAAGCAAUGUUACAUAUCCCAGCAAUUCAACAUUACUUAUUUGACGUGUUGAGAGGCUCACAUAAGAAUACUAUAAAAGCAGAUUCGGUUACACAAGUAUUAGCUGAAACUAGUAAAAAAAUGUGGUGGAGAGACAAAAAACACAACAAAAGUACCUAUAUUAACCCAAAGAAGCUUAUUUCAAGAUUAGAUGAUAUCAACUGUAUGAUGAGCGAAUGGCAACAAGAAGAUUCUCAUGAAUAUUUUAUGUCACUGAUGUCAAGGUUACAGGAAGACUCUGUCCCAAAAGGUCGCAAGAUGACAGAGUCCAUUGUUUAUGAUGUCUUUGGUGGUAUGUUAAAGCAAAUUGUUACUUGUAAGUCUUGUGGUAGUGUUUCAAAAACUGAACAACCGAUUUAUGAUCUUUCUUUGCAUCUAAAGGGUAAGAGAAAACAAACCAUUGAUGGUGAUAGUUCAGUUCCACCUUCGCCAAUUCAACAAAAUCAAAAUAAUGGUAAAUUUACAAAUCAAAAUCAAGGACCAACCCAUUCUGGUAAUGAAGAAAAUGAGAAGAAUAAAUUCACAAUUGAAAAGGCUAUCAGGGAUUUCUUCAACCCUGAGCUUAUUAAAGUUGAUAAAGAAAAAGGUGGUUAUGUUUGUGAAAAAUGUCACAAGACUACUAACGCUAUCAAGUGCAAUUCUAUCUUGAGGGCUCCAGAGACGCUGUUAGUACAUUUAAAGAAAUUUAGAUUCAAUGGACAAUCGUCAUCAAAGAUGAAACAAGCUGUAGCCUAUCCAAUGUUCUUAGAUUUAACUGAAUAUUGUGAAGAUCCAGAAAAGGGUGAAAAACUACCUGUCAAAUACCAAUUGAUAAGUGUUGUUGUACAUGAAGGACGUUCUUUAUCCUCUGGUCAUUACAUAGCACAUUGUAGACAGCCUGACGGUAGUUGGGCAAUUUAUGAUGAUGAAUACAUUAAUAAGAUUUCAGAAAGAAACGUAUUAAAAGAGCCAAACGCAUACUAUUUGAUAUAUACUAGGUUGACUCCAAAAGAAGUUCCACUAAGGAAUCCACCAAUCUCAAACAAAGAUAUCGGUGUACCUUCACAAAAUAUACCAUCAACUUCUAAUAAUUCAUCACCUAGGGUUAAUAAGACUACAACAAUCGUAAAAAAUCAAAUAAAAAUAAAAAGAGAAGAUUUAACAAAUAUUAAGCAUUAA